AUCUGUCUUGGAUAUGGGAAACGAAAGGUUUAACAGAACCAAAUUAUCUGUCACGGUACUGGGGGCCAAUGUUCUUUCCAGGGGACCAGUGACAUUGACAUUUUUUUUUAUACUAUAGUGUACUCUGCACCGUUGCGUGUGAAUGGUGACUUUCGCGUAACCUUAUACCGUAGAGAAGCGCGUAUGAUUAGUAGAGUAGACGUUGGAUAAAUAGAAUCGAGUAUCUCGAUGUAUCGAAUUCUGAAGAUCGUUCGGUGUGCUGUGCGUCGCGAAGCGAAGCGAAGCGAAGCGAACGCGUUCAAACGGUCAGUCGACGACAACGAAUAAAGUUUAAGGUGGAAAGAAUAGGUAACAUCGAUGUUGGCAGUUGUUCGCGCAAGUACAAAAAGUGGUGUCGAUUCCCGAUCGAGCGGAAUUGUUUGCUGUGUUUACGUAGUUGUUCACGUGGUGGCUGAUAGACGCACGCCGACAGUGUAAAAUGUCGAUCGCGAACCGAUCGAAAGAAAUCGCGUCUAAGAUUCGAGGUCGUUGAACCGUGUGUGGGAUCGUUUCGCCCGGAGUGUUUUGUUCGAGGAAGCCAGCUGUGUGUGGCGCGGUUAGUAAUUUCUGUGACGCGAGUGUCGAGAGAGAGAGAGACGACGUGUCGGGAAAGAAUCGAACGUCAAUGUCAGCCUCGAGUUUAAAUGUUGCGUGCGGUGCGCGAUGUCAGAAUGUGUGGUUAGGUUGUUCCUGAAAUCGUACCACGGCACGGUACACGAAGCCAGCUCCUCGUUGAUCCUCGGAAUUUCUCCAUCGGUUAUCGAAAGUUUUCGCGUGGCGAAAAAUGAUUUUCACCGGUAGGUCGGUAGACGCGCUCGACGAGGUACACGGUGGCAAUGUUCGGACAGAGAAUCGCCGGGACAUCAGCGCCGUCGCCAUAGCCGCAGGAUGGUUCUCUAGUCUGCGCAGACCCGGCAAAAGGAACAAGAAGGGUUACCAAAAACAGGCCAAGAGCGCUUGGGACCUUAGUACAUUAUCUACGCAACUGAAAGAUGAGCUGGGCGAGGUGGUGGCCGAAAUGGAGGCGAUGGAGGGUGGUGGUCUCGCGAGCGACGAAACGAAGCCAUCGAACAAGGCUAAGCAGACGUCGAUCGGCCGUAAAAAGUUCAACAUGGACCCGAAGAAGGGCAUCGAGUACCUGAUCGAACACAACCUCCUCGCUCCGACCCCGGAGGAUGUCGCGCAGUUCCUGUACAAGGGCGAAGGGCUGAACAAGACGGCGAUCGGCGACUACCUAGGCGAGAGACACGACUUCAACGAGAGGGUGCUCCGGGCGUUCGUCGAGCUGCACGACUUUACGGAUUUGAUUCUGGUUCAGGCUCUGCGGCAGUUCCUCUGGUCGUUCAGGCUGCCUGGCGAGGCGCAAAAGAUCGACCGAAUGAUGGAGUGCUUCGCGCAGAGGUACUGCCAACUGAACCCAAACAUAUUCACCAACACGGAUACCUGUUACGUGCUCAGCUUCGCCAUCAUCAUGUUGAACACCUCUCUGCACAAUCCGAGCGUCAAGGACAAGCCCAGCGUCGAACAAUUCAUAUCCAUGAAUCGCGGCAUCAACAAUGGCGGUGAUCUGCCUCGCGAACUCCUCGUGAGCCUGUACGAAAGUAUAAAGACGGAACCGUUCAAGAUACCGGAAGACGAUGGCAACGAUUUGAUGCACACGUUCUUCAACCCGGACAAGGAGGGUUGGCUCUGGAAGCAAGGCGGACGUUACAAGAGCUGGAAGAGACGGUGGUUCAUACUGAACGACAACUGUCUCUAUUACUUUGAGUAUACCACGGACAAGGAGCCACGAGGCAUCAUCCCGCUGGAAAACAUUCAGGUCAGAGAGGUGCAGGAUCGGCACAAACCGCACUGCUUCGAGCUGUACGCCGCCGGUUCCGAGUUCAUCAAGGCGUGCAAAACAGACAGCGAGGGAAAAGUUGUCGAAGGUAAACAUACCGUGUACAGAAUGUCUGCAGCCACGGACGAAGAGAAAGAAGAAUGGAUCAAAUGCGUGCGGCAAAGCAUAUCGCAUAACCCGUUCUACGAUAUGCUUGCGGCCAGAAAGAAGAAGGCGCAGAAGACUAGCGUGCACUCGAAAAGCUAAACGUCGCCCGGCCGCGCGCGCAGCUUCGAAAGAAGCUUGUUGAGACACAAGACUGUCGAUUUACGAGCCUGCGUCUCGUUGCAUCAGGAUCCUCGAGUACGUACAAUCAAACGCAUACGAAAUUGUAUAUAUCCGAAUAGACUGCCGCCACCGGCCGCGCGCUGAUAAUCUCACAGUUGAACGACUUUACGGUUAUCUGUGCGCGCACGAUCAUUUAUCGUCAACGUCACUUGACCGUGUUUCUUACGUUUCUUUCUUUCUUUCUUUCUUUCUUUCUUUCUUUCUUUCUUUCUUUCUUACUUUCCUUCUUUCUUUGUCUGUCUGUCUGUCUGUCUGUCUGUCUGUCUGUCUGUUUGUUGAUCGAUCGAAAAGCAAGGAGAACAAACGACGAUCGGUAUUAAAUAUUUUGGAAAAAUAACUCGCGCUAGUGCGCCUUAAAAAAGGCCUAGAUAUUGGAAUUAUGUGAAUAAAUUCGAUGCCAGAUUCGAAGCGUUUCCCUAAUGAUACGCACGGAAAUCAUCCGCUUAAUUAAUCCUUCACGGGACAAACUAGCUAAUUUUUACUUUCGUCGAACGAGAACAUUGGACGAGUACAAGAUUGCCAAGCACGGAAAAUGACGAAAUUUCGUGAUCGUCUUGUUCGUUGCUUCAACGGUCCUUAGCAAAGUAUCACGCGUAUAACUUACCGAGAGAAAGAACUGUGAUUUAUUCGUUCUGAACGGAAACGAAACGAAACGAAACGAAACGAAACGAAACGAAUCGAAUCGAAGAGAGUGAAAUGUUUCGUGUUUCCUGGCGGCAGCUUUAGAAAAUUGUCGAUCGUCGAGACUUUGUUUCGCGUCUCUCGAGGAUACGUGAAAUAUUUAUUUUCUAUAGAUUCUUUGUACGCAAAAAUAUCAUUACGCGUACACGUUUCUUUCGUGUCGUGGGACAAAGACUCACGGUUGUCAAUGUCGAAACUCGCGAGAUCGAAUCGGUAAGAUGCGUGCGUGCGUGCGUGCGUGCGUGCGGAGUGUGCGUGCGUGCGUGCGUGCGUGCGUGCGUGCGUGCGUGCAUUAUUGUGAUAGUCGUGUAUUUAUUUAGAAAUUAAAAUAAAACCUCUAUAGAUAAGAGAGUAGCUAAUAUGUUUAUUUGAUAUGCCAGAAUUGUUCCGAAUUGCACUUUACCGUACAGUUUGCGAGUAUGAUGGCAUCGUGAGCGAAGCAACGCGGUCUAUAGGCUAGAACGCGAUAUCGUUUUUCUUUUGUUUAAAUGUACGUAUGUAUGUAUGAGUAUGCAUACGUAUCUAUACAUAUAUGUAUGCGGCCACGCGCGCACGUUACAUGCGAGUGCACAUACGUAUAGCAAUGUAGUAAUAGUUACACUAGUGCAGGAAAAUUAAGAAUAGCAAUUUGAUGAAAUCCAAUUAAGAGCCUGUAUCCCGGACAGUAUUCGCGGUCAAUCGUGUGUGUGACAUAAAUUUCUACAUGAAGCCAUAAUCGAGACUCGAGAGAUUCGUACGCGUUAACCACCGAAUGUUCGAAAUAAUUCACCCAUGUUAUUAUCAAGGUAAACCAUGUUCGUUACCUUUACCGCGCCUUGGUUCUUCCGAAAAACAUUCGAUAAAAAAUGUUUUCCAACCAGUUUCUUUCAUUCGGUUUCUGAAUAUUUUUUAUUCGAUGAAAAUAGCCUUUUCAUAUUUCCGAGUAUAUCGAUCACUACUAGUCAGAAUAAUAUUCGUAAAGCUAUUUUUAUCCACGAGUGUCGGAAUUAUUUUUUUUUUCAAAGUUCCUUUCGAUCCUCUGGUAUAUGCGAGCAAUCAGUCUUUAUGCUCGCUGUUGUUUGAUCGUUUCUAUUCCCGGACAACGUAAGUACGUGUCUGUCUUAGAUUUGGGAAUUUCAAAAUGUAGAUUCUUCCGGCUUAUUGACGGUUACCAUGGAUUCUAGCGAGCUUAACUCACACUCGUGUUUCGUAUCAUGUGUAAAUGAGAAAAAUAAUAAGGUAAAGAUGCGGGUGUCUUUGAAAUCUUGUUCAAGCUAGUCGUAACAGCUGAUCAUCCGUUGUGAGUCGAGUCGAGUCGAGUCGAGUCGAGUCGAGUGUGUAUACGAGGUAAUGAAAAUUCAAAGGUUUACGUUCUUCUUUGCUACGUACAAGGAAAUGUUGGACAUCGAGAAACGCCUUAUUACGAUACAUUAAAUAACGAAACGCAAAAGUAAUUGUAGAGUAUAAGUUUUUUAACGUCAUGCCGUACUCGGUAGAAUGUAACUAUGUUACGAAACAGUAAGAUUUCUAUUCGAUCGUAAUUUCGAAGAAACGCGCACUUUCUAUUUGAUCAUUGAUAAACAAUUGUUUCAUCGCCAUUUACCCGUCCUUGACUUAACUUUGUACAAACUACUUUUUUCUCUCUCUCUCUCUCUCUCUCUCUCUCUCUCCCUCUCCCUCUCACUCUGUUUUUUUAUACUACCUAGAACCACGUACGUGAAUGAAUUAAGAGUUCGGGUGUAUCGAUGGUCGUUAUUUGUCUUGAAACGUCAAAGAGCACGUUUCCUUGCUUCCACACGAUACUACGGUAACAGGAACGAAUUUAGAUAUAAAAACUGGUCCAUACGUCGAUAGGAGCUGUGUAAAGUUAGUUUAAAUAAAUUACUUUGGCAAUUCGUUCACUCCGUUCGUAUUCGUGUUUCCCUAAAAAUUAUUUUACGGUUAAUGUAAUAUUAUUUAUUUUCAAAAUAACGAAUUGAUUAUCUUUACUAUUCCAUCCAGUUGCCAUUAUUUGAUCAACGAGAUCUGAUACUCGAUCGUUUCGAAACGUUGCCCAUCUACAUAUUUUCAAUAAUACCGUGAAUUGAAUACCGAUAACUAAUUAGAAAAUACAGAAAAUUGUUAUUUAAUGAAAACUGUACAGCUAAUGGUAAAGAAAGUUUUAAAGAAUGAAAAUCAUCACGAUUAAAAUAUGUUACGACUUGAAGUUUGUGAGAAAGGUCCAAAAGUAAUUAUGUAAUUUAGUCGGGUAAACCACAAAACGGAUCUUGGUUCGUAGUUUGUGUUUCUCUCGUAAAGUAAUUCGAAUAAAUCAUAGAAAUGAUAUUUGCGUAGAACGAUGCAAACUUGUAUGAUUAGUAAGGUAAUUAAUUCAUUAUAAGAAUUGUAUAAAGAACUGUACUUGACUGCAGACAAUUUGUACAUUUUGUUGUAUAUUAUUUUCACUCGAUAAUUGUUAUGUAUUGAUAUUGAUCUGUGUACUGUACCC